AUGUCCACGCCGCGGAUCCUGUUCAACUCGGGCAUCGGUCCGGCGGAACAGAUCAAGAACGUGCAGAGUGGCUCGACGGGCAUCACCGUGCCUCCCCAGGCUGAGUGGAUCUCGCUGCCCGUUGGUCAGAACCUCAAGGACCACCCGAUGUUUACCAUCACCGUGAACACCGGCAGCAACUUUACUGCGUACAACACUUCUAGCGUUAUGUCGGUGCCGAGUGCGCGCGACCGCCGGCUCUUUGCCCAGGGCUCUGGAGUCUUGACCCAGGGCGGGCACCGGCUGCAGUUCUGGACCUCCAACGUCGGCUCGGACGGGGUCACCCGGUUUUAUCAGGGCUCGUGCAGCCCCAGCGCGGACGGCGGCAUCACCAUGAAGCUGUACCUGACGCACGGCGCGACGUCAUCGGGUGUCCUGGGUAUCAACGAUGCCGGCUCGACGACUCUGGUCAGCGACCCCUGGCUCCAGACCACCGAGGACAAGGACGCGGUGACUAAGUUCCUCGACAACCUGCUGUCGGAUCUGUCGAAGAGCUUCUCGGUCAAGGGCGUCUCCACGGCGUCGGAUAUCCUGAAUGAUAUGACCAGCGGUGACCACUGGGUUGGCACGGCGAAGAUGGGACUGGACGAUGGCCGUGAGAAUGGGACGUCUGUGGUGGACACCAACACGAAGGUGUAUGGAACGGAGAAUCUGUACAUUGUCGACGCGAGUAUCCAUCCGGAUCUUCCUACGGGUAACACGCAGGCCAUUGUGAUGGUUGCGGCGGAGGCGGCGGUGGCGCGGAUCCUGGCGCAGGACAACACUCAGGGAUCUGCGUCGACGUCCGUGUCUAGCAUGGCGGCUAUCCCGAGCAGCACUGCGUCUGCGGUGAUCACGGGGGGUAGCAUUGGGGAAAGCGCUGCAACGCCGUCGCUUGUGGUGGUGACGACUACGAAGACGGUGAUGGUGACGCAGACGCACACGGUGACUGUGAUGCCGACGUUGUAG